AUGGUUCACGGAGGACCGUCUGGUUACUGGGGGAGGAGGAGGAGGAAGAGAAGGAGGAAGAGGAAGAAGAGAAGGAGGAAUAGGAAGAGGUACCCGCCUUCCCCGCCUCUAUCAGUACCCACGCCUUCCCCGCCUCUAUCAGUACCCACACCUUCCCGCCUCUAUCAGUACCCACCUUCCCCGCCUCUAUCAGUACCCACACCUUCCCCGCCUCUAUCAGACCCACGCCUUCCCGCCUCUAUCAGUACCCACGCCUUCCGCCUCUAUCCAGUACCCACACGCCUUCCUCUAUCAGUACCCACACCUUCCCCGCCUCUGUCAGUACCCACGCCUUCCCCGCCUCUAUCAGUACCCGCCUUCCCCGCCUCUAUCAUUACCCACCUUCCCCGCCUCUAUCCAGUACCACGCCUUCCCGCCUCUAUCAGUAUCCGCCUUCCCGCCUCUGUAGUACACACCUUCCCCGCCUCUAUCUCUGUCUACACCUUCGCCUCUAUCAGUACCCACGCCUUCCCCGCCUCUAUCAGUACCCACACCUUCCCCGCCUCUAUCCAGUACCCACCUUCCCCCUCUAUCAGUAUCCACUUCCCCGCCUCUACCAGUACACCUUCCCGCCUCUAUCAGUACCCCACCUUCCCGCCUCUAUCAGUACCCACCCUUCCCCGCCUCUACAGUGCCCACGCCUUCCCCGCCUCUAUAGUACCCACACCUUCCCCGCCUCUACCAGUACCCACCUUCCCGCCUCUACCAGUACCCACACCUUCGCCUCUCCAGUACCCACCUUCCCCGCCUCUAUCAGUACCCACACUUCCCCCGCCUCUAUCAGUACCCGCCUUCCCCCGCCUCUAUCAGUACCCACGCCUUCCCGCCUCUAUCAGUACCCACCUUCCCCGCCUCUAUCAGUACCACGCCUUCCCGCCCUCUAUCAGUAUCCACGCCUUCGCCUCUAUCAGUACCCACGCCUUCCCCACUCCUAUCUCUAUCUACCUUCCCCGCCUCUAUCAGUACCCACGCCUUCCCCGCCUCUAUCAGUACCCACGCCUUCCGCCUCUAUCAGUACCACACCUUCGCCUCUAUCAGUAUCACGCCUUCCCGCCUCUACCAGUACCCCGCCUUCCCGCCUCUAUCAGUACCCACACCUUCCGCCUCUAUCAGUGCCACGUUCCCCGCCUCUGGUACCCACGCCUUCCCCGCCUCUAUGUACCCACCUUCCCGCCUCUACAGUACCCACACCUUCCCGCCUCUUCAGUACCCACACCUUCCCGCCUCUAUCAGUACCCACCUUCGCCUCUAUCAGUACCCACGCCUUCCCUCGCCUCUAUCAGUACCCGCCUUCCCGCCUCUAUAUCAGUACCCACGCCUUCUCCGCCUCUAUCAGUACCUUCACCUCUAUCAGUACCCACGCCUUCCCCGCCUCUAUCAGUACCCACGCCUUCCCCGCCUCUAUCAGUACCCACGCCUUCACCUCUAUCAGUACCCGCCUUCCCCGCCCUCUAUCAGUACCCACGCCUUCCCCGCCUCUAUCAGUACCCACGCCUUCCGCCUCUAUCAGUACACGCCUUCCCGCCUCUAUUAGUACCCCUUCGCCUCUAUCAGUACCCACGCCUUCCCGCCUCUGCAGUACCCACACCUUCCCGCCUCUACCAGUACCCACACCUUCCCGCCUCUACCAGUACCCACACCUUCCCCCCUCUAUCAGUACCCACGCCUUCCCCCCCUCUAUCGUACCCACCCCCCCGCCUCUAUCAGUACCCGCCUUCCCCGCCUCUACCAGUACCCACACCUUCCCCCGCCUCUACAGUACCCACACCUUCCCGCCUCUACCAGUACCCACACCUUCCCCGCCUCUCAGUACCCACACCUUCCCCGCCUCUAUCAGUACCCGCCUUCCCCGCCUCUAUCAGUACCCACCUUCCCCGCCUCUAUCAGUACCCACGCCUUCCCCGCCUCUAUCAGUACCCUUCCCCGCCUCUAUCAGUACCCACACCUUCCCCGCCUCUAUCAGUACCCACGCCUUCCCGCCUCUAUCAGUACCCACCUUCCCCGCCUCUAUCAGGCCACCCGUCUUCCUCUAUCAGUAUCCACGCCUUCCCGCCUCUAUCAGUACCCACGCCUUCCCCGCCUCUAUCAGUACCCACGCCUUCCCCGCCUCUAUCUCUAUCUACACCUUCCCCCUCUAUCAGUACCCACGCCUUCCCCCGCCUCUAUCAGUACCCACGCCUUCCCGCCUCUAUCAGUACCCACGCCUUCCCGCCUCUAUCAGUACCCGCCUUUCCCGCCUCUAUCAGUACCCACGCCUUCCCCUCUUCUCUAUCUCACCUUCCGCCUCUAUCAGUACCACGCCUUCCCCGCCUCUAUCAGUACCCACACCUUCCCCGCCUCUAUCAGUACCCCGCCUUCCCCGCCUCUGUCAGUACCCACCCGCCUCUACCAGUACCCACACCUUCCCCGCCUCUAUAUUAG